UUAUGUAUCUUACCUAAUCGUGACGGUGUUAAUAGAGCCUCAUAUUGAUAGAUGAGAUGAUAAUUUAUCUACUUGAACGAUCAUCGUUUUCUAAAUUAUCUUUCAUGACUGAGUCAGAUUUAAAGUCUAUCUAUUUUAAUAGUAAGUCCACAUCGAUAAACCUGACCUACUAUAUGUUACAUCAAGAAAAAGCGGAUUCAGAUGACUCCGAUAUACUCAAAACACUAAAUCCGCCCCUACCUUCAUGCUCUCUCUCUCACACACACUCACACACUCUUCUAUUACUUCAUCUAUCCACUAUUUUCCAUUGUUUUCAUAUCAUAAAACACAAACUUUCAUCUCUCUCUACCUUCUACCUUCAACAACAACAACCAAAAAAAAUGGACAUCCUAAUGAACUUCCUUCCAAUUUCUUCUAAAAAAGCAUUACUUUUUAUCAUACUCCUCUUUUGCAUGGUAUCUACUCCAUUAAAAGCGGUGGUAAAAAGCACUGUUUCUUCUUCUUCUUCUUCAUCUGCUGCUUCUUCUGAUCAACGCGAUUUGAUCACAUACUUCAAAUCCACAAGAACUUUACUACCAAACCCUAUAAACAUACCCCUUCAAAACCAAUCAAGAACAUCAAAAAUAAACCUCUUUACCUCAUCAUCAUUGGAUUGUUCAUCAACAUGGAACCAAGAAUGUUCAAAUGAAAUUCUCAAAAUUGCUCAUAAAAAAGAACAUGUUCAUUGGAUUAAAUCAAUUAGGAGAAAAAUACAUGAACAUCCUGAACUUGCUUUUCAAGAAUAUCAAACUAGCAAAAUUGUUCGUCAAGAAUUGAACAAGUUAGAAAUUUCUUAUAAGUUUCCGAUGGCUACCACCGGAAUCCGAGCUGUCAUCGGCUCCGGCCAACCACCAUUUGUCGCUCUCCGAGCUGACAUGGAUGCCCUCCCAAUUCAGGAAGCUGUUGAGUGGGAACAUAAGAGCAAAAUUGAUGGUAAAAUGCAUGCUUGUGGCCAUGAUGCUCAUGUGGCUAUGCUCCUUGGUGCGGCUAGAAUUUUAAAAGCUCGUGAGAAGAAUUUAAAGGGGACAGUGAUUCUAAUAUUUCAACCAGCAGAAGAAGCAGGGAAUGGAGCAAAAAGUAUGAUAAAAGAUGGAGCAUUGGAAAAUGUGGAAGCAAUAUUUGCUGCACAUGUAUCACAUCAACAUCCAACUGGUGUAAUUGGUUCAACAAGAGGUGCAUUACUUGCUGGCUGUGGUUUUUUUAGAGCUGUCAUUAAUGGAAAAACAGGUCAAGCUAGCAGUCCCCACCACUCAAUUGACACUCUACUUGCUGCUUCUGCUGCUGUUAUCAGCUUGCAAAGCAUUGUUUCUCGUGAAUCUGAUCCAUUGGACUCUCAGGUGGUGUCAGUAACAUCUUUCAAUGGUGGAGAUAGUCUUGAUGUGAUACCAGAAACAGUUACACUUAGUGGCACUUUCAGGGCUUUCUCAAGAACCAAUUUUUAUCAGCUUCUUAAAAGGAUAAGAGAGGGCCUAUUAAGGUGGCACCGCUCCCAACAGAAUUUUCUCCAUACGCAGGAUCGAACCCUCGACCUCUGAUUAGGGGUGGAGCAGCCUAUCCACUGCACGACAACUCAUGUUGAUAUGUUACACCAUAUAUAUAUAUAAGGAGGAAAGUCCUUUCACCAAUUUUGUAAUUAAUUGGAAAAAAUAAAGAUCCCAUAUCCAAAACAGUAGAAAAAGACAACAUAUAUAAGAAAAACGUGCAUACUAAAAUCUUUUAGUAUAUGGUCACUUAGCUAUUGAAAAAUAGUUUAAUAUUCACUCAAUUAUUGGAAUCCAAUAUUUUCAAACAUUCUAUUUCACUAUAGUAAUAUUUUGAGUCACCUUUUCUGUUAUAAAACAAAGAAAGUGACUGUUUAUACUGUAUUGUUGUCAAUAAUUGAGUGACUUUUCUAUUAAAAAAUUAAAAAAAAUGAACAAUUUCCUAUACUUGAGUUGAUUAUAUAAGCAAUCAACUCCCUCAUUUUUGCAACUAGUGUAGGUUUCAACUUUCAAAGUACUCCUGUAGUGAAAUUUGUUUGUCCUAAUUUUCUUUUUUAAUCAGUUUUAAAAAAGAAUAUUCUUUUUCUUUUUUUGAGAAAAUACACUAUUUUCACCUGAACGAUACACACUCCAACUUAAAGGGGGUCUUAUUAUCCUUGAACUAAUUAAAACCGUAUUUGUGGCACCCUUAGUGCCUACAUGGUAUAUACGUGGCACACUGCGUGAAUCAACACAUUGAAGGUCCACGUAAAAAGGCACACGUAUGUGCCACGUAGGUACUAAGGUUGUAAAAAAUACGGUUUUAAUUAGUCCAGGGAUAAUAGGACCCUCUUUGAGUUCGGAUGUGUCUCAGCAAUUUCGAUUAUAGUUCAGGGUGAAAACAGUGCAUUUACUCUUCUUUUUUUUGCAACUUUUUAAGUUCAACGUUUCACGUAACAUAUCUCUAUUUUAAGUUCAACGUUUCACGUAACAUAUCUCUAUCUACAAAAUUAAGGGACAUUUUGACACCCUCGACAUAUCUUUAGAUUAGGACCACAAAAUUUAGAUGUCUGAUUUACUUUCUUAAACGCCGUAUAAAGUCGAAAUCAGACUCACAAUUUAAAUAGAGGGAGUAAUUUCUUAGGUCUAGGAUGUUCCUACCACACAAUGCACUUUGUAUUACUCCAUCCAUUUAAGUUCUUACGACAGAUUUUGACUGAACACGAAAUUUAAGAAUAAGAAAAAAAAAUAGAACUUGUGGUUAAAUAUUGCAUGAGAUUUCGGUGGUGGCUAGAAAAUAUGUCAUUCUUUUUUAAACGGAUUAAUAAGGAAGCAAAAGAGUACAUUGUAAUAAUCCACACUUAAAAACUUUUUUUAA